CACAAACUUGCAAUUUGAUAAUAUUAUUAUGCUUGACGAAAUGCUAGGACACUGGCCAGCAUAGAUGAAGCUUUGAAAAGGCAGCCAAUUUGGACGAGAAUCAUCACUGCAGACAUCAUGAUCUUUGGCAUCUCCUACGGCGAGCUCGCAGCCAUCCUUGUUGUUGGGGCGGUCGCCUUUGGGCCCAAAGACCUACCCGUUAUUGCAAGGGCCGCUGGGCGGUUAACCGGACAGGCGGUGGGCUAUGUCUCUGCCCUACGGAGCAGGGCACAGACGUUUGCUGAGAAGACACAGCUUGAUGAGCUGCACAAGGAGCUCCAACAGACGAUGUCUCAACUGGAGGCGAUCCGGUACGAGAUCCGCACCGGUGCCAACAUCCUGGUGCCGGGAUCGAUGACUAACCGGCUGGCGACCCGAGCGGUGGAAGCGGCCAAUGCGCGUGUUGGGGGUGCGGGCAAUGCGCAGACGACAGUCACAGCUUCCUCCGUUUCGGUCGAAAGUACGGAACCUCCUGCAAGCGCAUCAAUGGCCUCGCCCGACUCCCCUUCUACUUCUAUGAGCUCGCACUUCCAACAGCAAACUGUCUCCAGACUAGUUACUUCAAACGCUGCCAGUCAAGACUUGCCAGAUUUGACAAGUUUGUCUGCACAAAGCACAGUGUCUGCGAAAAGUGUAGGGGUCGGAAGCUUAGGAUUGAAGCACGCGCAAGAGUUGCUCGAUCGGCGAAGGGAGGGGGUACCGACAGCGGGGACUACGGGCAACACUGGUUUUGAGACUCUGCCGAUCUCGGCAGUGAGUGCGGGGCUGCUUCCGAGGCGGGCAGACGGCGCAAGUGGGGGAGCAGACAUUCUGUCGGACGCCAUUGUUGAACGACAGAUAAGUCUGCAAGCUAACGACUUCAUCAGGAACAUGUCAAAGCCCCCAGAAAACCCACGAUAACGCAUACGUAGGCUAGCCAGUAGAGGCGGCCUGUGCUUGUUCAUAGUUCAUCGCCGCAGUACUGAUGAAAAGCAUCAUGAUCAAGUUCUUACAGGACCCGGCAGCCUGCUAGCACAUCAGCGGCGCUUGGCAUGUCACGGCAGCCUUGCAAAGCGCACAAAGGGCGU